UCACUCUCUUACAAUGGUUUGAACCGCUUUGAUUAUUUUCUUCAUACAUACAUAUACUUAAUCCCUGUUCGUGGAGUUUUUUCUAAGACGAUCGGAAUAGUGCUUUAAAAAAUAAUUGUUCUAUUUCCUAUUUGUUGUUAUCUUUUACUGUACUUAAGAUAAAUUUAUCUAUGCUAUUGUGUUGAUUCUUCGGAAGUUGUUAUUUCUUUUAAAUAGUUUUUAACAACAAAAUUUUGUUUUUGUUUCGCGCUCAAAACUCAAAAGUGUCAACCAAAAAUAAACACAUACGCACAUUCAUAUUUUAUUUAAAUGAUAUGCAAAUACGCAUAAAAAAUAAAUAAACUUUUAACGCCUCGUUUCCAUACAAAAAUAAAAGUUUUAAGCAAAAACUGUGUGAUGAGUGCUUUUGCUAACAUAAAGUUUAAUUUGUUAUCGUUUGUCAAAUGCUAAAUUGGAUUUUUUGUAUUUAUAUACUUAUACCUACCUACUGUUGAUCUUUAGGGCGUGCUUUAAGGCAACCUAAAAUGGAAGAACUUAAAUUAGAUCAUGUAUCCCUAGUGAUUGGCUACCAUCCGCGCUACUUAGAACAUUUCUUACGAACUCAGGACUUCAUAAUGCGCGGAGAUGGACCUCUUCCCUACAACUAUAGAUACUAUUUGGCGAUUAUUGCCGCUGCUCGCCAUCAAUGUCCAUAUUUAGUAAAAAUGUACGAAAAAGAAUUUCUCAGUCAAGGUGGAGACGUAAGGUGGCUAAGUGGUCUGGACUUCAUUCCACCAAAGUUGCGUGCCAUUUAUGAUAUGAACAAAAUAUUAGCUCAUAGGCCUUGGUUGUUACGUCAGGAACAUAUUGAAUGUCUCACUAAAGGCAAAAGCAGUUGGUCCGUUUCGGAGGUAGUUCAUGCUAUGGUUUUACUCUCCCACUUCCAUUCAUUAUCAUCAUUUGUGUUCUCAUGUGGUCUCACACAACAAUUAGACAGUUCUAGUCCAAAGUCUACAUCUCCAACUCAAAAGACUGUUCUAAGUUGUUUAUCUAUCGAUAACAAUAAUGUCGUGGAUUUGAAAGUGGCAUCGAACAAUAAUUUAGAUACAAGUUUAGCAACUGUUGAUGGGAAAAAUGGUCUUAGUUCAAAUGCUGCCGUUCAGGAUAAAUCAGGGGUAAGCGUAGAAGCCUUAAUGGAACGCAUGAAAGUCUUAUCUGAAAGGCCUGAUGAAUGUAGCGAAGCCGAGUUAAGUAAUCGUUUUAAAAGUGUAGAGCUUCAGACAGCAGAACUUCCUUCUGCACCUAUUGAAAAAUCUAUUGAGGUCCCUCCCAUAAUAAGUCACUACGUUGAGGAUCCUAGUUUUACGUAUCAAGAUUUUGCACGGCGUGGUGCUGAACAUAUACCUAAUACCUUUAGGAUUCAGGAUUAUUCAUGGGAUGACCAUGGGUAUUCACUAGUAAAUGGGUUGUAUGAUGAUGUAGGGUACUUAUUGGACGAUAAAUUUCGUGUUGCAUAUAAUCUAACCUACUUUACAAUGGGCGGAAACAAAAACGUAGAUACAUCAAAGUUCAGACGUGCGAUUUGGAAUUAUAUCCAGUGCAUAUAUGGUAUAAGGCAUGACGAUUAUGAUUAUGGAGAAGUAAAUCAACUUCUUGAUCGUCCUCUGAAAAUGUUUAUAAAAACUGCUUGCUGUUUUCCUGAGAGGAUAACCAAGAAAGACUAUGACAAUAUACUCAUGGAGCUCUUAGACAGUGAAAAGGUUCACGUAAACUUAAUGAUUAUGGAAGCAAGAAAUCAAGCCGAACUGCUGUAUGCGCUGCGCGAAAUAAUGCGCUACAUGACAUGAUCUCAUCUAUUAAAUAAGCUGUUUUAUAUUACGUUGUUACAAACUAAAAGUUGUCCUUUUUGCAGAGAUUUAGAGAAUAAUUGAACGAAAUAUAUAAGUCAAUAAUUAUGAGAGCUCUUUUGAAACAACCUUAUAGAUUAAAGAGCACUUGAUAGUUAAGGUCCUUUGUGUGGUUCUUUAAAAGAUACUAUUGAAGCCCUAUUUAUCACGUACAUUUCCUGCGUUAACAAUUCAACCAAAAAUGUAAUCUUAAAAAAAAGGAAAUGUAGUUAAGACUAAUUCAAUGCAUUUUAAAAUUUGUACCUAGGCAAGAAAUAAUUUUGUGAGUACGUAUUUCUUUAUUGAAAUCCGAUCUAAACUAUAUUCUAAUGUUUAUUUGACAAUUACCCUACCCUGAGUUCCACCAGUUCAUUUAAAGUUCACAAUGCAUAAAAUAUAAGAAUUAGAAAAAAACGUCACGUUUUAAAGAGAUUCGUCGCCAAAACUCACAUCUAAGUCACUUUAUUUUUGAACAUAAUAUGGCAAUAGCAAUUACUAAUUUUACUGUUUCUUUGUUAUGAAAUUUUGUUAAAGUUUUUGUUUAUUCCUUUAUUAAUAUCUAUAACUUCAUCAUCAAUAUUUUUAAUAAAGUUACACGUAUAUACAUACAUCGGGGACAUAUAGCUUCAUCGUGAUGUUAUUAACAUAUGUAUAAAAUAUCGAAAAUAUGAAUUGAAAUUUUAUUAACUUUAGAUAAUAUUUAAAAGCCAAAUAAAAAAUAAGUUAAUUUUAAAAAUCAUUGUUAGGUAAAAAAUGUGUUGACUGAUUUUUUAUUUAUAGAUCUAUAAGAAGUUAUUAAUUUCUAUGUUGUAAUUGUUAUAAAUAUCAUGUACAUUUUUGUUAAUUUAAAGAAAAUUUAAUAAAAAUUAUGAAUCGAAAAUUCUAGAAA